AGCUUGGAAAAGCCCCACAAAAAGGGCGGCAAUCCUUGGGCGGCUACGUGCGUGCACUUGCGCGGAAAAGAACGUUUCACGAAGCAGGAACACCAUUUAUUACGCGUAUGAUAAGGCUGGGAAGGAAACCUCUGCCCUGAAAAGAAACGGAAGGCAAAGGGUCACUGCUCGCUACAUUUACGAAGAGGUUUCAUCGGCGAGGGACGAUAAACCUCCGCAGAAGACAGAAGGAAUCUUCUAUGCCGCGAGCGAAGAGAAAGCGUGAGGCGGAGCGGACUGAAUUGUAGCCGCGCCCCCUUGCCGGGGCCAUUCCGCUCAGCUACCGAAGGAGCCGGUUCCAAAGGGGCGGCUGCUGCGUUGGAGGGCCGCUGGGCUGCGUGGGGAGGAGGAGGAGAGAGGGAAGAUGUCGGCCGCUGGCGGCGGGGGCGCGUCCUCUGUCUUUGUGUUGGCCCCGAACGGGAGGCGAGUGACGGUGCGAGUAGGCCCAAGCAUGGCGUUGCUCCAGGUUCUGGAAGAAGUUUGUAGAAAGCAGAAUUUCAGUCCCAAUGAAUAUGAUCUGAAGUUUCAGAGGACUGUGCUGGAUCUUUCUCUGCAAUGGAGAUUUGCCAACUUACCCAACAAUGCCAAACUGGAAAUGGUGCCAAUCUCUCGUAAUAGAGCAGGAAUUGAAACCACGGUGCGGAUUGCAUUGCAGUUGGAUGAUGGUUCUAGGCUCCAAGACACCUUUUGCUCCAGCCAGACCUUGUGGGAGAUUCUUGGUCAUUUUGCACAGACCAGGGAAUACGUGGAACAGUACUGUGAAAUCUCCCCUGUCUGUAUUUACAUGCGAGAUGAGGUAACUGGGAAAUCUGCUCUGGAGAAGACAAGUCUGAAGUCGCUUGGCUUGACUGGAGGCAAUGCCAUCAUCAGGGUGGCCACAAAGAUGCCCACCACUUCUGGCCAUGCAGAAGCUGGGAGCAGCGGAUCUCUUAAGGAACUAGCAGCAAAGCCGUCUGCUAAGGAGGAGCCAGCGGGUUCAUCUCUGCCUCACAGAAGCCCCCCCUCAACCAGUUCAGUCUGCAGUGAUGAGGCUGUCUCUGCCAACAGAUGCAUGGAUAAGCAGGACUGGAGCAAAGAAUCUCAAGGCAGCUCAGGAGAGCGCCAUCUUUCCUUGGAGCCUGUGCCUUCUUCAUUUGUCCCUUUCGUAGGCAGUGGGCAGCGUCUGGGCAGUGGCUCUUCUCCAGUAUCAGACGUGCCAGUGUCAAACCUACCAAUAUCUCUGGCCAGCCCUGGAGGGCCUUCCAAGCCAAAGAAGUUAAAGAACAGCCAAGAAAAACGAAAGGAGCAAAAAGAGCAUUUAGAGCGAGAGCCAGUUGUGUGCCAUCCGGAUUUGAAAGAACCUCUGGUCUCUGGCUCCCAUGAUCUUCCUGAUGAGUUCUUUGAGGUCACAGUAGAUGAUGUGAGGAAACGUUUGGCCCAGCUCCAGAAUGAAAGGAAGCGUUUGGAAGAAGCCCCCUUGAUGACACAGGCACAGCGAGAAGCUCAAAUGAAGGAGAAGUUGGAGCGUUAUUCAAAGGUGGUACUGAGAGUUUACUUCCCAGACCGUCAUAUUCUACAGGGCUUCUUCCAGCCCAGUGAAACAGUUGGUGCUCUGAGAACCUUUGUGAAAAGCCAGUUGGCAGAUCCAGAGAUACCAUUUUAUCUGUUUAUUGCACCUCCCCGAUAUGUCUUGAAUGAUGACAAUUUGACCCUCUUUCAGGCUAACCUCUUCCCUGCUGCUGUUGUACACUUUGGAUCUGAAAAGCACAAUGAUCACUAUCUGAGGCUGGACCUGCUGGAAUCUGCAGUGUCCCUUUCUAAAGCUGAACUUUUAGUAGCCAGGUCUUUCUCCAGCUCAGUAACUUAUACUGCUCAGCCAAGUUCUGAACCUGUCCUUGAUUCCCCACCUGAGCCAAAUGAGGCUGAGAGUGUAGUCCUGGGGCAGUCCGAAUCAGCGGCAGCCCCUGAAGUACGACCGUCACCAGCAAGGAGGACCCUGUCUGGAAAAGUGCCAAAGUGGCUGAAGCUACCAGGUGGGAAAAGAUGAAGGCGAUGCCUGCCUUCAGAGCUUUGCCUGGCUGAGAGGCAGCAGGUUCCAUUGCACCAUUUUCUUCCUGUGAGCUGCAUCUAAGAACAGACACAAAGAGAGAGAGCGCUCUACAAAUUUGAUUUUUUUUUUUUUUGAAUAAAAUUGCAAUGCACAAUU